AUGUCCUCCGUGCACUCUCCCUCUCCUUCACUGGAGUCACCUACUACUACUUCAUCUUCAACACUUCCGUCCCUGGAACCUUCACCGACGACUGAAUCCACAUUGUCGCUGCCGACUGACUCCCUGACGCCGUCUUCGUCUGAUUUUUCUGAGACAUUGACGCCUUCGUCCGCGCCCUGGCCGCCUUCUUCGUCUGAAUCCUCAUUUUCCCUGCCUCAGCCGCUGCUGCUGAGCUCUGAAAUGUCUUCCAACACAACGUCCCUGCCACUGCUGCUGGCUUCGUCCAGCCUGCUGUUUGUUUCGCUGACGUUUCCAUCCUCUUCAGAAACGACGACUCCUUCGAAGUCUUCUCAGCUACCCCUGCUGACGUCGUCAUCUGAACAGCCUCCGACAUCUUCUUCGACGCAACCAUCAUCAUCGUCUUCGUCGUCAUCGUCUUCGCUGUUCUCGUCAUCUUCUGAACUGUCCCUGGAAACGUCUCUGUGGGUGCCUCCUUCGUCAUCUGCUGAUCCAACCAGCUCAUGGGAACCACCUUCCUCGACUCAAGAGAGCUCGGAACCUUCCUCAACCUUUCCCUCAUCGUCAUUUAUUGCAUCUUCUACUUCGUCAUCUUUUUCGCUGUCGACUUCGUCUGAGCUGCCAACCUCCAGCUCCAGCGAGUUUUCGUCUUCUACAGAGCCUUCUAGCUCAAGUUCUAGUUCCGAAGAUUCUUCCAGUUCUUCCUCAAGCAGCUCGUCUCUGAGCUCUGAGUCUUCCCUGGAGGAGGAGUCUUCCCUGAUUACAUCGUCUUCGUCUGCCCUGAAGACUUCUUCAGUUCUGCAUUCGAUGACCCUGUUCACUUCAGGCUCGUCUCAUUAUGCUGGCUACUACUCCACGGUCAGCGUGCUCCCAGACACUACAAUCACAACCUUGGUGGCUGUGCCCACGACCGCUGAUGGCAGCGACUCUGACGGUGGAACGUCACAGAGAAACGCUAAGCUUAUCGGAGGUCUUGUUGGUUCCAUCGGUGGAACAAUCUUGAUUGGUUCUCUCGUGGUGCUCUUCUUAUUCCUCAAGAAGCGUCGUUCUAGAGUUACCAACCAUUCUCCUGACUUUGCAGAUGACACUUCAGGUGAAUCAAAUGAAAAAUCCGGUUUCAAGAAGCUUUUCGGCCUUGGAGCUGGUGGUGCCGCUGCGGGCGGUGCUGGUACGGUGGAUAACUACAAUGAUCUUGAAAGGCAUCUCGAUUCUAGGGCUGCUGUUUCUGACCCAUUCCUAGGAGGUGCUGCUGCCGCAACUGCCGGUGGAGCAGCUGCUCAUGAUACUUCAGAAGACUUUGCAUACCGCGGUGUUUCGAACAGUAAUAACCUUGACUCCAUUUUCCACGGCAGCGGCACAGCUACUGGUGGAAACUCUAAUGAUGGUACUGGUGGAAUGAAUUCUAGUUCGGCCAGUCACCGAGGGCCAGGACACUCACGCAUGAAUUCGGACAUCAAUCGAAUGGAUACAAUGCCUGAACACCAGGACAAUAACCAAAACUACGGAGCCAUGGGUGGUACACAUGUGCGAGAAAGGCUGUCAGAGUUUGAAGACGAAGACGAGCUUUUCUUCCAAGCACACAAUCAUGCCCCUCUAUUGAUGGAGGAGAACCAUAGCAACAAUUCUCGACUGAGAUUCUUUGAAGAAAUUUAG